AUGAAUUUGUUAACGCAGCGAGAACAGAGUACUAAUCACGCUUGUUUACCGUUACUGACAGGUUUGGUUUUCCAACAGACGAGCCAAGUGGAGAUGCCACCAGCGCAUGAACCUUCUCAAGCGCGGUGGCGGCUCGCCCUCGCACCGCCUUCCCCAUUCCCCUCCCGAUCCCGCUCACGUUCCUUGUCCCCUGCACGAGGCCCUUACCACACUCCUCAGAUGGGUGGCGAAAAUAGCGCUUUUAAAGCUUUAUCGCAUCAAGAUACAAAUGCCUUGAAAGCUUUAUCCCAUCAAGCGCAAUUAGAAAGCAACGCACUGAAAGCAUUGUCGCAAACACCCUUUGAAGGCGGUCCAUUUAAGCCCCAUCCCGCGUUAGAGAACAGCGCAUUCAAGGCGCUCGUACCACAUUCAGCCGCUGCAGCACUUCUUGCUGCCCAAUCAAUCCAACUGGCUCGAGGCUACGAAUCUCAUUCUGAUUCCGACGAAGAGAUAAAUGUUCACGACGAGAGCGACGACGAUGGCGACAGGCAGAAAAAUAAGACCAGGUCUAGAUCUCCGAGCCCAUGUCGACAAAGAGCAUUGACCUCAAGUGAUUUGCCUUUACAACUAACUAAGCACGAUCGUUGA